AUGAUUUCUGCAUUACAACAUCCUUAUCUCUUUAACUCGUGCUUUAUUUGGUCCAGAGGAACACCAAAUAAAAUUAGAUUGGUCAACAAGGCAGAAAAUUUGUGUUGGGACAUCAAGGCCACUAAUGUAUUGCUUGAUACGAAUCUUGACCCAAAGAUAUCUGAUUUUGGUUUGGCCAAGCUUGAUGAGGAGGACAAUACUCACAUUAGUACUAGAAUUCCCGGGACCUAUGGAUAUAUGGCUCAUGAAUAUGCAAUGCAUGGUUAUUUGACGGACAAAGUAGAUGUUUAUAGUUUUGGAAUUGUUGCUUUGGCAGUCGUUAGUGGAAGGAACAACACCCUUCAUCGGGCAAAGGAGGAAGCAUUCUAA